AUGAAGACCACUUUGCUUGCCUUCCUUUUCUUUGCGUUCAUAUCAGCCAAAGCUGAUAUUUUGGUUGACACUGAAGGUAACCCCGUCAGAAAUGGUGGCUCAUACUACAUCCUCCCUGCACUCUGGGGACACGGCGGUGGCGUCGGCCUUGCCGCCACCGGCAAUGAAACUUGCCCUCUUACCGUUGUUCAAACCUUCUCCGAACUCUCAAACGGUUUGCCCACUAAACUUUCUUCUCCUUACUUGAUCGCUUAUCUCACCACAAACUUGAUCACGGAGUUUACCGCCGCUGCACCACCGGAGUGCGCAGCCCGACCAGCAAAAUGGACGAUUGUCGGCGGAGAAGAUGAGACAAAGCAAGUGAAACUUGUUGGGUACCAAAACACCCUACGUGGUUCUUUUAACAUCCAGACAUAUCAUGGGUUGACCUAUAAGAUUGUGUUCUGUCCCACUGAUGAAGAUUCUUGCAGUGCUCUUGGGAUCUCCAGGAACAACAAAGGAGAUAGGAUUUUAGUUGUUGACAAUAAUAACCCUUUCGUUGUUGUGUUUCACAAGGCUGCAUCAUCUGCUGCAUGAAGAGCUUACUAUACUAUGGAAAUGCUGAUGAAGCCACUGCGUGUUGCAAGUAAAAUAAAAUAAUGCUUCAUGUGCUUUCCUUUUCUCCAUCUGUAUCUGAAUAAGCCUAACAUGAAUAAAGUUAUGUUCCAAGUGGCUUCCCUUUCUCUUU